CUCGCCGCACUGUCACUGUGGUUUACGGCACCUGUCAUUCAGCCGGCGUGCUGCGUGGGUCUCGCCCGGAGGACCGCGUUAGUGUUCGUACCAGCCUGAGCGGCCCGAUCGAGUCAAGAAGCCUCAGCUUCGGCGGGACCGUAGGCUUCACAUCCACCCAGGUAUAUAGUAUAGGGGGCCGAAGUUGGUGUGCAAAGCACCGUCUCCAUUGCUCUGUUCACGGCCGCAUAGGCUCAGCCUGAGGAGGCCAUGUCUGAUCCAACUGUUCCACAAGGUGUUGCCCCUGGAUCUGACACAGCGGGCAGAAGGGCUGGAAUCGCGCCACCACUGGACCCGAGCUUGUAUAGGCUUGAUGAUGAGGAGGUUGCCUUUUUCAAGCAGCAGACUGGGAUUGAUGGUGAUGAGGGGCUCAGAGAGCACAUCAUGAAAGUCCAGACGGAGGCAUACGAGUUGUACCCCUACCCGUGCAUUCGUCGCUUCGGCUUUACACAGCUCAAGAUAUCACGCCUUCCUGUGUACGAUGACAUCCUCAAGUUGGGCAAGGAGCGUGAUGCUAUCCUCCUAGACAUAGGCUGUUGUUUUGGUAACGACGUCCGGAAGGCCAUCGCCGAUGGUUAUCCUCCCAAGAACGUGAUCGCCUCAGAUGUCGAGCCAGCUUUCUGGCAGCUCGGCCACCGUCUGUUCAAGACAUCCCCGGAGUCGUUCCAGGUACCAUUCAUAGGAGGAGAUGCAUUCGACCCUACCUUCCUUCAGCCGGCGCCGCCCGCAUACGCCCCUCUUACUACGUCUGCACCGGCCUUGUCCUCGGUUACAAGCCUGACAAUGCUCCAAGGCCGCGUCUCCGCCAUCCACGCAUCCUCACUCUUCCACCUGUUUGAAGAAGAGAAGCAGCUCGCGCUGGCACGUGCCCUCGCAGGCCUUCUCGCUCCUCAUCGAGGCGCAAUGCUGUUCGGCUCGCACGGCGGCGCACCGGAGAAGGGCAUCGUUACCUGGUCGCUCGAUGGGUCCGGAUCCAAGCAAGUUUCAAUGUUCUGCCAUUCGCCGGAGAGUUGGAGGGAGAUGUGGGAGUUGAUAUUUGGAACGGACAAGGUUCAGGUCGACACUGAGCUACAGCCGAUCAACUCAAGCUCGGACCCAUUGGUUACACGCGUCUUCCAUCUACUCGUGUGGUCGGUCAAGAGGUUGUGAAUGAAACUGUCGUACGGAGCGAGCCUUCAACAGGCAUGAUAUGGGAUUCGAGUACUGCAAAUAUCUGCAUCGUAGCUGUUUCUCAACAGCAACGCGACUGUACCCUCAACGUGGAGUAGAUAUCCGAGUAACAAUGGCA